AUACAAAGUAUUUGACAAUUAAAUUGUUUGCAAGAUUUCAAUGGAAGUUGUAUAUUGAGGAAGUUCAAGAGACAUAAGCAUGGAGUUCUGCAGUGGAGUUGCUUUUGUGACUUUAAUUUUUCUGAAUGUUUAACAACAACAACAAAACGGACUUCAAAAUAGUAACAUUGCAUGAAUUGAAUUUGAAAUUAAUGUUUUGUAACUCAACCAUUAAUGCAGCAAAAACUACCAUUCAAUUUAAACGACCCUCUUAUAAAACUGUGUUAGCUAUGGUAAGAUUCAGUCACAGAUACAGGAUCAAGCAACUAUGACAAAGAAGAAAGGUUCGACCGCCACUGCGGGGGCGGCCGCCGGUUCAAAGGUGGUGGUGGUUGUGUGUGCCAUGCUGUUGACAUUGGCCAUCCUGAUAUUCCAUUCUGAUGAGUUCAAGUUUCAGUCCUCCAACUUCACUUACCAGUUCAGAAACAAUGGCUUUGGAGAAAAUAGCCAUGGCUUUCAAUCACCUCCUAAGAUUGCCUUUCUGUUCCUCACUCGCAGCAACCUUCCUCUUGAUUUUAUCUGGGCCAGCUUCUUCAAGAAUGGAAACCAAGCCAAAUUUUCCAUUUACAUUCACUCACAACCAGGCUUUGUUUAUGACAAAUCAACCACUAAGUCUUCUUUCUUUUAUGGCAGACAAUUGAACAACAGUAUUCAGGUACUAUGGGGAGAUUCUACCAUGAUAGAAGCAGAACGCCUGUUGUUUGGUGCAGCUCUUGCUGAUCCAGCAAAUCAGAGAUUUGUCCUUCUUUCCGAUAGCUGCAUACCUCUGCAUAACUUCAGCCAUACUUACCGUUAUCUGAUGUCUUCUACAAAAAGCUUUGUCGACAGUUUUUUGAAUGUUGGCGAAGGCCGAUAUAAUCCCGAGAUGUUGCCUGUUAUACCACGGGAAAAAUGGCGAAAGGGCUCCCAGUGGAUCGCUUUGGUGAGGAGACAUGCUGAAGUUGUAGUGAAUGAUGCCAUAAUCUUUCCUCUGUUUACGAACUUCUGUAAGCGAUGGCCGCCACCCAAACACGCCACCGGAAGGCAAACACUUAAGGUGAAGUAUCAUCCCAACUGCAUACCAGAUGAGCAUUAUGUGCAGACUAUACUUUCAAUAAGAGAUCUCGAGAACGAACUCGAACGACGAACGUUGACGUACACCAUGUGGAACAGUUCCAUCCCAAAAGGGGACAAAAGAUCUUGGCAUCCAGUUACUUUCCAAUAUUCAGAUGCAACUCCUCUGAUAAUCAAAGAAAUAAAGGAAAUCAACCACAUUGACUUUGAAUCCAAACACCGAACCGAGUGGUGUCGUGUUAACUCGACGUAUACGCCAUGCUUCUUGUUUGCAAGGAAGUUCACUCCCGGAGCGGCUCUACGUAUCCUGAAAAACGGUUGAUCGAACGAUCCGAUUGAUGGAAAGAUAUUGUUGCAGAUGGAUUUAGGACAUGAUUUUUAUUUAUGAUAACAAAGAAGGGGUUCCAAAACCACUAUUCUUUAAGGGAUUUCUUCGACGAUAUGCUAGAAAGAACAUAGAAUCCUUUUUUAGUAUCAAGUUUAGCCAAAAUUUU